AUGUAUAGUGAUUACGAGAAACGAAGACAAAUAUCAGUUCAUGGUGUUGCUGAGGUAGAAAAUGUUGGUAAUAUUAAAAAUGCUUUCAAUAGACAUCUUCAUUUUUCUCUUAUAAAAGACAGAAAUGUUGCUACUAAAAGAGACUAUUAUAGUGCACUUGCUUUAACUGUUAGAGAUCACCUUGUUUCAAGAUGGAUACGUACACAACAAUAUUAUUAUGAAAAAGAUCCAAAAAGAGUUUAUUAUUUAUCAUUAGAAUUUUAUAUGGGAAGAACACUUUCUAAUACUAUGAUAAAUCUUGGUGUUAAAACAGCAUGUGAUGAAGCACUUUACCAAUUAGGAUUAGAUAUUGAAGAAUUAGAAGAUAUUGAAGAAGAUGCUGGUUUAGGAAAUGGUGGUUUAGGAAGAUUAGCUGCAUGUUUUCUUGAUUCUAUGGCAACUUUAGGUAUUCCAGCAUGUGGAUAUGGAUUAAGAUAUGAAUAUGGUAUAUUUAAACAAGUAAUUCAAGAUGGAUGGCAAGUAGAAGAACCUGAUGAUUGGCUUAGAUAUGAAAAUUUAUGGGAAAAAGCUAGACCAGAAUAUAUGAUUCCUGUUAAUUUUUAUGGAAGAGUUGUUAAAAAUUCACGAGGAAAAUCUGAUUGGGUUGAUACUCAUAUUGUUUUUGCUUUACCAUAUGAUACACCAGUACCAGGAUAUUCUAAUAAUGUUGUUAAUACUCUACGUCUCUGGUCGGCAAAAGCUGAAAAUCAUUUUCAUUUAAAAUUUUUUAAUGAUGGAGAUUAUCUUCAAGCUGUACUAGAUAGAAAUGUUUCUGAAAAUAUUACUCGUGUUCUAUAUCCAACAGAUAGUAAAUCAUGUGGAAAAGAAUUACGCCUCAAACAACAAUAUUUUCUAGUAGCAGCGUCAUUACAGGACAUCAUUCGUCGUUAUAAAAAUUCUAAUCAUUUUGCUGAUAAAGUUGCUAUUCAACUUAAUGAUACUCAUCCAGCAAUUGGUAUACCAGAAUUAAUAAGAAUUCUUGUUGAUAUUGAAAAUCUUGGAAUGAAAGAAGCUUGGAAUAUUUGUGUAAAAACUUAUGCAUACACAAAUCAUACACUUCUUCCUGAAGCUCUUGAACGUUGGGAUGUUAGUUUACUUGAAUAUUUACUUCCAAGACAUUUAGAAAUUAUUUAUGAAAUUAAUCAAAAAUUUAUGGAUGAAGUUGCACAAAAAUAUCCAGGUGAUUUUGAUCGUAUGAGACGAAUGUCAAUUGUUGAAGAACCUGAUGGAACACAUCCAAAAAGAAUAAAUAUGGCUCAUCUUUGUAUUGUUGCUUCACAUACUAUUAAUGGUGUUGCAGCAUUACAUUCUGAAUUAUUAAAGAGUCAAACAUUUAGAGAUUUCUAUGACUUUUUCCCUGAAAAAUUUCAAAAUAAAACAAAUGGAAUAACACCAAGAAGAUGGCUUCUUUUAUCAAAUCCAGGAUUAGCUGAAUUAAUAACUGAAAAAAUUGGAGAUGGUUGGAUUAAAAAUUUAGAUGAAUUACAAAAACUUAAAAUAUAUAUUAAUGAUGUUAGUUUCUUAAAUUCAAUUAUGAAUAUUAAAUAUGAUAACAAACAACGUGUCGUUGAAUGGUUAAAAAGAGAAUAUAAUAUAACUAUUGAUCCUUCAUCUAUGUUUGAUGUUCAUGUUAAAAGAAUUCAUGAAUAUAAAAGACAAUUACUAAAUAUUCUUCAUGUAAUCACUCUUUACAAUCGUAUUAAAGCAAAUCCAAAUAGAAAAAUUACAAAACGUACGAUUAUGUUUGGUGGUAAAGCAGCACCAGGAUAUCAUAUGGCUAAACAAAUUAUAAAAUUAAUUAAUUCUGUUGGAAAUAUUGUUAACAAUGAUCCAAUUAUAGAUGAUAAAUUAAAAGUUGUCUUCCUUGAAAAUUAUCGUGUUUCUAUGGCAGAGAAAAUUAUACCAGCUGCUGAUUUAUCUGAACAAAUUUCUACUGCUGGUACUGAAGCUUCUGGAACUGGAAAUAUGAAAUUUAUGCUUAAUGGAGCUUUAACUAUUGGUACAUUAGAUGGUGCUAAUGUAGAGAUGGCGGAAGAGAUGAAUAAUGAAAAUAUAUUUAUUUUUGGAAUGACUGUUAAAGAAGUUGAAGAACUUCAAUGUAAAGGAUAUAACCCAUUGGAUUAUAUUAAUAAAAUUCCAGAAUUAAAACAAAUUAUUUAUCAAAUUGAAAGUGGAUUCUUUACUCCAGAUGAACCAAAUUUGUUAAAAGAUAUUUCUGAUAGUCUUAAGUAUAAUGAUCGAUUUUUAGUUUGUGCAGAUUAUGAAAGUUACAUAAAUUGUCAGGAUAAAGUUAGUGAAGCAUACAAAGAAACAGAUAGAUGGGCACAAAUGGCACUCUACAAUAUUGCUUCUUCAGGAAAAUUUUCAACUGAUAGAACAAUUUCUGAAUAUGCAAAAGAUAUUUGGGGAAUAAAAGAAGGAAUAUCAGAUUUACCUCGUCCAUAUGAACCAAAACUUGUUUCAUAA